AUGUUGUUGAUCAUGUUUUUGGUGGCAAACGUUGGUGCUUUGGGUGUCAUGCGGCGUGGUUCAAAAAUAAAAGUGAAGAGAUUUGCAUGCAUAAGGCAAAAGGAAAAGAGUUAUGUGAUGGUUUCCUCGGAAUUUUUUACUUUUAGAGAUUUUUUUGGCAAUCCGUGUAAUCAAUCAACAGCUUGUUUAAUGAUCCUUUGGAAAACUUCUUAA